GGAGGUGAUAUAUUUGUUCAGCGCAUGAGGCACCUUUGUAAGAUCCGUGGUAUCCUGAACAAUGAGAAUCACAGCGGCGUUUCAUUGCUAUCAGUUGAUCUGAGAUCGUCCGCGUGUGAACUACUGAAGUGAAAUUACUUGAACAUUUAAGGCAACAUGUCGGAUCGCAGGGACAGCCUCGUGUUGGAACCAGGAGCGGACAUUCGGCCGGUCAUCGACACGGAGAGUGUCAAGCUCCUCUUGGAGCGGCUGUACGGUAUCUCCGUUCUGGAGCUGACAGAGCUGAAUGGCUACGACGACAGGAACUACAAGGUCGUGGAGGACCCCAACGUGAAGAACCCACUAAUCACCAACCACCAGCCUUACGGAUACGUGCUCAAGAUUAUGAACUCCAUGGAUUCGCAGAACGCUAAUUUAGUUGAUGCCCAGAAUGAGAUUAUGAAUUUCUUGUUGACCCGAUCAGUAGCUUGCCCGAAGCCAAUCCGCAAUGUGUACGGUCAUCUUCACUCCAUGGAGACGAUCAACGGGAAAAAACACGCUGUUAGACUUCUGGAGUACGUCCCCGGAGUGAUAAUGAAGGACGUGCCCAAGUCUGAGUCGCUGUUCUACCAGCUGGGAGAGUUUGUUGCCAACCUAAACAACAAGUUGCAGAACUUCAAUCACUCCGGGCUGGUGGGUCGCGAGCACAUGUGGAUGCUGGCGAAGGUUCCAGAACUCGACAAGUUCAAGUACGUUAUCAAGGAUUCGGAGAAGUUGGACUUGGCUGAGGAGGUUAUUGAAGAGUUCAAGUACGCCAUUGUGCCAAAGAUGGAUGAGCUGGAGAAGGGAGUGAUCCAUGGAGACAUCAAUGAGAUGAAUAUAGUUGUAUCGCAGAAGCCUGGUGGAAGCAGCGGUGAUUAUCGCAUCACGGGUAUCCUGGACUUCGGUGACAUCCAGCUGUCGUGUUACGUAUUCGAGCUGGCCAUCGCCAUGACGUACGCCAUGCUGCUGACAGGGGAUCCUCGCACAGGAGGGCUCGUGCUGGCAGGGUACACCGUCAACCGAAGGCUGCCUGAUGAUGACUACAGACUAUUAAAGACCUUGACCUCGGCUCGCCUCGUUCAGAGUUUGGUUCUCGGCGCGUACUCCAUCGCACAAGACCCCAAAAACACGUACGUGACCUCCACAGAGAAGGCUAACGGCUGGGAGCUGCUGAAGAAGCUCAGGAAAUCCAAACCUGACCCCGAAGACGAUCCCACCGACUGGAAGGCCAUCGCUAACGAGUACUUAACGCGGAGUUAACAAAACGACAGUUAUCACUAAUGAUCAAGGUUUAACUCCUACAGCAUAAACUUAAGUGUUAUCUAUAUAAUGUUAAAAAUUUACCGGAAGACCGAGGGGUCUCAUGCUUUCCGGGUCACCCAAUGUCCCAUCUGAGCUAUUACAGUCUUGUAUAUAUAGUGGCGAAGUUUACCUUUGUAUUCUAAUGUUAUUGUAGCUGUUUCUCAUUAAAACACGGAUUAGACUACAUUUUUUAAAUUGAAAAAUUUUAUGAAAAUCGUUGCAGCCGUUUCCGAGAUUGAAGAAUUGCUCGUUUAAAAGAUAUUACAUAUAAAGGAAUGCAGUUAAAAAUGUACAAUGUAUUACUCUACUCUCACUACUCGAGGCUCAUAUUCAACCAGGGUCAUUGUGCUAUUUCGCUCGAAGUCGGGGGAGAUGGGAUUAUUUUACUGUUCUGUAACAUAUUUUUAAUACAUUUGCUAAAAAAGUGUGCAGAAUGUUAUUAUUUUCUGCACUUGUGUUUUUUUUCCAUUCUGCGUGUAACCAUUCACUAUCUAGGAGGAGGUGGUUUUGUUUUUCUCGUUCGUGAAUAAAUAACAUACUAUUCGCAGAUGUAUUGAAAUGAUCUUAGGUACUCUUAUAUUUUGUUAAGUUUUAUAUAACAUUGUAUGUUUAAUAUUUUUCUGAGUAAACUUAAAAUCCUCCGCUAUAUCUCUUUUACCAGUAUUCAAAAUAAUAUUAUAUGUUUUCGUUGGAAAUUGAAAUAUAUUUUAUACCAGGAUCGAUAAUUAUUGACACCAAAAAAAAAUAUAGUAGGAUGAAACCCAUUGGAAAAGGAAGAGAAUAUAACGAAACAACACCUUAAAAAGAUGUAGAUCUUUUUAUGGACUAAAACUUUGCUAUUUAACAUUUUUCCAUAGGACUAGAAGUUAUGCUGGAAAUCGAAGUAAGCCGUUUGUUACCCUUAGACCCCAUCACUUCCCUUGCUGACCUCAGAUUGCUCAUAAAUUAUUUUUAAUUUCAUUUUUGUAAUAUUUUCUUCCUUGUGGGCUUCAUCCUACUAUUAUGUUUUUCACUUUUUAUUAUUUACAAAGCUUUAGUACUGGUCUAUAAGUACAAACUUACUUUAAAACUUUAAUUAACUUAAAACUUGUUUAUAGUUAAUUAAUGAUUAUCCUGCUACUUUUAACAUGUAGAAUGUUUCGGUUCUAAGUUAGUAAAUCUAUGUGUAAUUUAAACAACAAUGAUUCUCAGGAAAACUUUGCUAAGCGGCAACGUAGGAAAAUAAUUUUAUUCAAUAAUAUAUAGUUUAGUUAGUAACGAGUCUAAACUGUUCAACAAUAAUUAUUAAAAAAAAAUAUUCGCUAUUUCAAGUACUUAGGUAUUAGUGCGUUAUUGAAUUAUUAGACGAGUGAAAAAAGAAGGACUCCGCGCCGUGAUAUUAGCAAGUGAAGCACCGUUAUGCUAGUGUGUGUGCGGUUACGGGGGAUACUAGUUACACAAUUUUUUCUCCCUUAAUACUUAUAUAGUAUCGUUUUUACACUUUUUCACAACGCACGACGGCAUUUUUAAAAUACUUUAUUGAGACGCAAACUGAUCUGUCACAGACCAUGACAAUUCUCAUAAUAGCCGCCUAUCGGCCUGUAGUAGUUAAAGUGUGUGCGUGGGGCUAUGUAUUUACACGUUAAUCGGCUUGUUUUGGUGCUACAUUGUUUUGUAAGGUGACAUGGAAUCCUUAUUUUUUUACUCUGUCAAUUAUGAUGUUCCAUUGAAAUCAAAGAGUGUAUAUUAAUUAUUUGUUAUUCUUAGAUAGGUCAAGAUACUAUAAGAAAUAUUUUAAAUAUUAAAACAAAAUUAUAUUCAG